UUCUCUUUGUUUCUUCUCCGAUUUCCUCUCAAAACUCUUUGAAUCUUCAAAGUGUUCUUCAUUUUCUUCAAGAUUUCUUCAAAUCUUCAAGCCUUCUUCGAGCCUUUUUUCCAGAUCAUCUUAAAAACAUGAGUGAAGAGCAUCAAGAGGUUGCUGCUAGUGAGGAAGGACCGGUUCCAGUCCUUAGAUGGGACUUAGGUCUGUUCGAACAGAUCGUUCGAAGUUUUAGGUUUCCACCGGAGUGGGAUGCCCGGUACCCUGCUCAGGGUCAGACCGCGGCUGAUGCCCCACCCGGUUACAUUACUUUGUUCGAAGACUUCUUCCUUCAAGGAAACUUCCGGCUGCCGGCGACUAACUUCUUUGGUAGCAUCUUGUCCUACUACAAGUUUCAUAUCUCACAGUUAAGCCCACCUGGGAUGGUGAGGGUGAGGCACUUUGAGUUCUUGUGUCAAUCCCACGGCAUUGAGCCGACGGUGAAUAAGUUUCGUGUCUUCUAUCAACUGCAAAGAACAAUGGGGUUCUUUUCUUUUGCUAGCCGUGGUACGGCUAAGAAGAUUUUGUUGAAUCCUCCCAAGAGUUUCCAUGACUGGAAACCCAAGUUCUUCUUCAUCCGGGAGGAAGUCUUGCCAAUAGCUAUGCCGUUUAGGGAAUGGACCGAGGUUAUACCAAAGGAGGACCUUCCUAUACCGAAGUCUGCUCAGUGGUAUCAGCGGCUUACCGCAACCCCUAACCGGGUAUUUGGGGAGAAUGUUCUGGUUGCUGCCAAGAUGAGUGACCAGUGGUCACCUAGUAGCAGGGAACUCCCGGUCUUGAAGAUCGGGGAUCAAGAGACGCAACUCUAUCAGGCUGCCUUCCCAGCCUUUGGUGGCUCCAUGGGCGUUCGCCCUCUGCGCGAUGAUGAGGAAGGCUGGUAUGACCAGAUAAAGGGGAACUUCAUGCUUCCUGCUGCUGACGCCUUCGCCUCGCCGCCGGAUGCAACUGAAGGUGCGCACUAUCCUAAACCUCGUCCAUUGCGCUCUGUGACUUCUGCUGGGAAAGAGACUUUCUAUCUUUCCAGCGAGGAGUCAGUAGGGUCUUCGAAUGGCGAGUUAAGUUCGUUGCCUAAAAUCUUUGCAGGUGUGUUGCGCGAUCUGGGGGUUGACCCAGAGGAGAAGAAGAAGAAACCUUCGAAGAAGAAAAAGAAGGCGGAUGUUGAAGUGACCAGCAAGGGUCCUGGCGCCAGUCGCGCAACUACUGCUGCUGUCAAAGGUACGCUUCGCCUCCGGCAACGUGACUUAGACGAUUACGUGAUAAUCAGUGACUCUUAUGAAGGUUUAUCAUAUGCAGCUAUGGGAAAGACUGGCGCUGGUGGGUCAAAGGGCUCUGGGAGCGCGGGUUCUCGUAACCCGGAUGCUGACGCAACUCCAUCUCAUCCUGAGGAUGAAGAAGAAGAGGAAGAAGAGACUGCCCCGUUGAUUGGAAGAAAGAGGGGUAGAAGCGAGGCGACAACUGGUAUGGCCUCUGCGCCUGUUUCAGUUGUUAUUCCCGUUGUUGGGAAGAAGAGCAAGUUGCGCUCGUUAUACCAGUUUUCUCCUGGUAUGCUCUUAUCUCCCUUCUUUAUAAUUUAACCUCUUUUUUGCUCAAGUGCGUUUGCUUUAUUCUUGUAGAGAUCAAGAAGAAGACCCCUGAAAAGGGGGUUAAGUUUGUUGAAC